AUGGCACCCCGUCCCUUCAUCAGGAAUUUGACCUUCCAGUCCAACAACCUCGGAAAGGAGGUCACUCUCAUGCUCGCUUGGAGCCCUAACCUGGAUGGCCUCUACGAGGACGUCUUCCCGAUAGUUUGGAAGGUCACCAAAUUCGGGAAGGAGGGUCCAUACAGGGCUACCGCGACCUACACGGCCCAACUCGCUUUCUCCAAAGCCCAGGUCGAUGCCGGGAAGGUCAUCGGCGCUGCAACCUCCGUCAAUAUUAAUAUCAACCAGAAGACAGUCCUGACUGAGGCCAACGAGGUCUAUCAUUUCUCUCCCCCUGAGACGGGGACCGCUGGUAUCCUGCAGGCCCAGAACCACACUGGUGCUAUUCAAGAAAUCGCAGUCGGCUUUGUAAACAAAGGAGAUUUCAUGCCCACCCCCGUGCUCUACUUCAGCGAUGUUGGAGAUGGCAGUCGCGUCACAGCGAAGUACACUCCGGUCCUGCGUGCCUACAUUACGGCCGACUAUGAAGAGACCGCGAUCUUACGAGGCCAAGUCGACACUCCUGCGAUCUGGACGCAGGACCUCACUGGGCUUGCUCAGAACACGACUUGGAACCUCGCGCGGGACCCGAACACCGGACGUUACUCACUCACCCAUGCUUAA